UAGUGCACUCGGUCAGAGUCAAAGAGAUCGGAGCGUUUCGUGUUUUCGCUCGUGCUUUUGUUGUGUCUUUUCUCGUGUUUAAAAACAAAGAGAUAAGAAGAAAGAGCGAGAGAGAAAGAAAGAGAGGACGAUACUUGAAUUUUGUAAAAAAGGAAAAACAAAGUUUUUGAAAUUUAAAAAAAGAAAAAUUAACGACUCAUUGAAGAUCGAAUUUUGACGUUACGUGCUUACUAGCUUGAUUGCCGGUGUUGCACGAGACAUUAUUUUUUCUUCUUUUCUAUCAUGGAAAUAUUACCAGGACGAAUUCUUUACUACAUUUUACUGCUUUUCGCUAUAACGCAUAGCAGUUAUUCAGUGAGAUGUAACAGGGUAAUAGAUGGUACCACGAGGCCACGUUCCGAAGCCAAGGAAAAAUAUUCCUUCUUCAUGACGCUUUACAAUCGAUCCGAUACCGUAUAUGCAUAUAUGCCGGAUACCAAAUACACAGUUACGAUAAAGUCCGAGAGUCCAGGACCGACACCUCGAAAAUUCACGAGAUUUUUAAUAUCCGCCGAUAUGAAAAACGAUAGUGAGAUUAUGAAUAUCGGUGUUUUCGAUAUCAUGGACGAAUCAAUCAGCAAAUUUGCCGAUCAAUGUGCCAAUGCUGUCGUCGAAAUAUCAGAAGUUCCAAAGGAGCAAGUUUCCGUCGCGUGGACCAGCCCUUCCGAAGGUAGCGGUUGCAUACUUAUCAGAGCAACUAUUCUGGAAACACCGGACACAUGGUACAUGGACGAUUCGAAUUUGGUUUUGAACAUAUGUCAAGAUAUAAAGGCAGAAGCUGACAAUGAGGGUCUAGUACUGGACAAAUGUUGUGCUUGUAAUGAGGCCAAGUACGAAGUUACUUUCGAAGGGCUCUGGUCUAGAAAUACACAUCCAAAGGAUUUUCCAAGCAAAGGCUGGCUCAUCCGAUUUUCCGACGUAAUCGGUGCAUCACACACGGUCGACUAUCGAUUCUGGGUAUACGACGGAAUAGCCAGUAUCGGUUUAAAACAAGUAGCUGAGCUUGGAUCAACGAGAAGAUUGGAAUCCGAAUUAAAGAAUCAAAGUGAACAUAUCAGGACUAUAAUAAAAGCUCGAGGUAUCAGUUAUCCUAAUGUGACGGGUCGAACUUUUGCGGUAUUUCGUGUAGAUCGCAAACAUCAUUUGAUGUCUCUGGUGUCCAUGAUUGAUCCAUCUCCCGAUUGGAUAGUUGGUGUAUCUGGAUUGGAAUUGUGUUUGGAAAAUUGUUCUUGGAUCGAGUAUAAGGAAUUGAAUUUGUAUCCGUACGACGCAGGCACCGAUGAUGGGAUAACAUAUCUGUCUCCAAACUCACCGACGGAGCCGCAGGAACGGAUUCGACGUAUUACAUCGAACUAUCCAAAUGAUUCGAGGUCUCCGUUUUACGAUCCAUCUGGUCUAGACAUGAAACCACUCGCUAAGCUUUACCUGAAUCGCCAGAGACUGUACGAGAAAACUUGCAAUAAUCUUUCGACAAAGUUCAUCGACUCAGGUGUAAUGAACAAACCUCCAAAAAGUCAUGACUAUAAGUCCUGCAGGGUAACUUCUUGGAGUGAUUGGAGUGAAUGUGGAGUGACAUGUGGGAAGGGUAAUAAACUGAGACAACGACGUUAUCACAAUGAGACUGCUGCUAUCAUUAAUAAAUGUAACAUAUCGCUAACGGAUAGGACAACCUGUUAUGGUGAACAUUUACAAUGCGGAAAUUCCGGACAGAAUUCUGGCAUCUUAGAUACCGAAAUGUGUGUCCUAACGAACUGGAGCGAAUGGAGUUCUUGUUCAGCGACUUGUGGCCAAGCAGUAAAGUCACGUUCACGUAAUUUCAAACACAAACAAUAUCGAAAGCAAUGCAGAAAUAUAUCAAAUGGUCCGGAAUUGGAACAGACCACCGAAUGUGAUACCGAACCUUGUUCAGGUGAAGAUGGAGAUGAGGUAAGAAAUCGAUUGAUUGAAGAAAACGACGAGAACACGAAGAAGGACGAGGAAAUCAAUUUGUCUUAUGAGGGUGAUGACUCGGAAGUAGAGGUAAUCGAGAAAUGGUCGCAGAAGUGUCCAUCUGAUCGUUAUACGGAAUGGUCCAUGUGGUCUCCCUGCAGUUCCAGUUGUGGACCAGGUGUAAAGCUAAGAUCAAGACUCGACAAAAAACGUUGGAGUCACGCGGAAGAACAAGAUGAUCUAAGCAUGGGAGAAUGUAGACAAGAAGAAAUUUCCUGUGUAGCUGAGAUAGAAUCUUGUGAUUUUUCUAAUGAAGAAGCAGCGAAAAUAUGUAGCGAACCAAAAAUGGAAGGAAAAUGUCGUGGGAAUGUUUUACGAGUUUACUUUAAUAAACACGAUCGCCAAUGUCAUCAUUUUAAAUACACGGGAUGUGAAGGAAAUCGAAAUAACUUUCCAACUAAAGAAGAUUGCUAUACUGUUUGUGGAAAUUAUCAAAGAGAAUUAAAGGCUAAUUUGUCGGCUCUUAUGAAAAAUUUUAAAGUAUCCCUCAGCAGUGUGCUCAGUUAUCAUAUACCUAUUCAAGAACAACACAGGAGAAAAACAAAACGAGCACAAUUUGGUGACACGUCGGAAUUGUUGCAGUUCAAAGGUCUUCAGGCUGGAAGUCAAGUGACAGAAUUGUCAGAAGUGAUCAAACAGCAAAUAGAUUGCAAUGUAUCAGAAUGGGGCACAUGGUCCCCUUGCGUGGGUUGUCGUGGUUUAACCAUUAGUACGCGAACGAUUAUUACGCCAGCUAAAUAUGGGGGUAAAAGUUGUCCUCGAAAAUUGCUUCGGAAAAGAAAAUGCCGUAAAAUACCUCCGUGUUCAAAACAAGAUAACAGAACAGGAACCGAAAUUUCAGUAGACUGUAAAAUGACACCUUGGUCAGCAUGGACACGUUGCAGAGGAACUUGUAGAAAUGCAUCGCAACAAAGAAUAAGGAGUGUUAAAGUUCAACCUCGUGGUCCAAAUGGUAGACAUUGUUCUACACUUGUAGAAUUUAGAAACUGUACUACAUUAGAAUGUCCGUAAUAAAUAUUUUCACUCAGUUA